AUGACUCUAAUAAAAACAAUUAAAGAACGUGUACGUUUUCUGGCAGAACAUCGUACUCUUUUUCAUAAUCCGGUUUGUAAUGAUUCUGAUGCAAUAGCAUCGGAAAAAUAUAUUGAUAAUUCAUUGGAUAAUAAUUCUCAACAAGUGAUUGAACAAAGUAACAUAAAUCAAUUCACAACAAUGUCAACGAUUUCAUUUUCAAAUAAUCACCUCAGUAAUGGUUCUGCAUUUGAUUCAUCAGCUGAUUCCGAAGAUAUGCAUGAAGAACCAAUAAGAUCACCAAAAGAAGAUGUUGAAAAAGAAAACUAUGAAAAUCAAGAACAACCACGUUUUCCAAAUAAAUAUAUUAUAUCGGAUUUACCACCAAAAAUUCAACAAUUUAUAGACAAAGGCGAGAUAGAUCAUUUUCGUGGUCAUACAAAUGCUCGUCGACUAUUACUUGACGCUGUUUUCACUGACGUCACAACGAAAUAUUCUCUGCUGUAUCCUGGUAUACAUGAGUACAGAUCAAUGGGAAUAGCAAUACUGGAAAAGUUAAAUAUUAUGAAUGAUACUGCGGCAUUGAACGAUUGGACUGAAAGCCUUAAAGGGAAAUUCAAACGAGAACGUCGUCCACUCCAACAAAUAUCUAAUGAAGUUCUAAAGAUGAAGCUGAAAUUUGGUAAUUCUGCUGGUCGUCCAGUCAAACAAAGUGAUAAUGUAGUUGCAGCUCGUCGUGAAGUUCAUGCUGAAUUUUGGAAUAAAAUAGAUGUUAAUGAUGAUCUUCAAGAAUUUGAUGAACAUAUUCAAUUUAUGAAGAACGAAUUAGCUAAGGAAAACUUUGAUUUUCAUAAUGUUGAAGUCUCCUGGAAAAAAACACUAGUUGAAAGAAGAUUAUCUAUGUUACCAAAACUACUUACCAAUAUGCCUGAUAGCUUAGGUUUUGUUAAUGGUAAGUAA